AUGGCAAUGUUAUACAUUUCUCAUGCUGAUGACACAGAAAGAAUGGCACGUAUCGAGAGGGUCAAGCAGAGCAUUGUAGAGAAUCAAGCCGUAUCAUCGGUGAGAAUCACAAAAAUCACACAUGACCUCGAUAAGGGUAAAGGUCAUGUCUUCGCUUUCCCGAAUCAUGCUGGAACAAGACAACUUGAGACACCUAGAGAGGCAUCUCAGAAGAUUGAUAAACAUAACGAAAAGUCUUGGGAGUAUGAAGCUGAGUCGGAUUCCAGUUCUGCGCAGGCCCUUCUUCGGAGGGGCGAGUCACCGGGAACCAGAGCUCGAGCAAAUCACAGAGGAGGCGUCCCCCCCUCUUGGAAAAGGAAAGAAAAUGCCAAAAUCAAAUCUUCUAUUCCCGCUCAGUCACCAUCUCACCGACAUCCUCCCAAAACAUGA